CAUUCACAAUCAGCACACCGAUUGCUCGCCUUGCUACUCACACGAGCCCAGGGACUCCAGGGAAAGUGAUGGAGCCUUCAGGAUCUUCCCAGUCUCAAGCCGCCAGUGGAAUUCACAGAGAAACAGAAAAUCUAGACUACCAAGAGACAGAGUUCCACAAGCAAGAUGGGAAGGCUCGGGAACGAUGUGAGAGAGACAAGUCUUCCUCUUCCUCCUCAUCCUCCUCUUCCUCUUCCUCCUCAUCAUCUUCCUCCUCCUCCUCAGACAGCGGCGAUGAGGACCAGCACUCCAGAGGUCCCAGGGAACACGGAAGGAAGCCCCGCAGGGACAGCUCUCCUGGUGCUGACCACGGGGAACUGGAGGUGCCGAAAGACGGGCUUCAGCUCUAUGGAGGUGAUGCUGGGGAAAUGGUGCUUGCUGGGGAGUCAGGACUCCGAAGGAGAGGUUCCGGCUCUACCGGGGGAGAAGUGGAGGCCUCUCAGUUAAGAAGGCUGAACAUAAAGAAGGAUGAUGAGUUUUUCCAUUUCGUCCUCCUGUGCUUUGCCAUUGGAGCCUUGCUGGUGUGUUAUCACUACUAUGCAGAUUGGUUCAUGUCUCUCGGGGUUGGCCUGCUCACCUUUGCCUCCCUGGAGACCAUUGGCAUCUACUUUGGGUUGGUGUACCGGAUCCACAGUGUACUUCAGGGCUUCAUCCCCCUCCUUCAGAAGCUCAGGCUGCCAGGGUUCAGGAGAACUGACUGAGAACACUGCCUGAUGGCUUCUGAGCCAGUCCCCAAUGUGACCACUGUAACCACUGCCACACCUGAGCCCAGAAGACAGAUGACACGCUAGAAGACACCAGGAGGCCCUGCCUGGGCAAUGAAGAGCUCUUUCCUUCCAUGAAGUCUCAGUGUUGACACCAGUGGGCAGGUUCUCACUCUGCAGAUUAACACAAUAGUCUCCAUGGGGACGAGAGAAGGGAUGGCAUCUAAGUCAUCAAGAAGGACCCUGGGACACCAUUGCUCUCAGGGGCAACAUGAGUCCUAGGCCCCACAGCCUGGCAUCUGUGGGCUCAUGGUCCUCAGACCAUGGCCAUGAGUUCACAGUUCCUGCAGAGCCAUCCUGGGACAAAUGGUCUACUGCCCUGAGGCAGGGUGCUACCAGGUUGGGUCCCUGGGGGAACCUGUUCCAGGUAAGAUGCCUGGGACUAAAGCUAUGCUACCAUCACCCAGUGACCACCCUGCUGCCCUCGGACUCCUUCAAAAUCCAAAUAAAUAUUCUCUUCUCUAUGCUAAAAA